GAGUGAAGAAGAAAAAGGACAGAAAUAGUUUCGACGGUGGGUUAUCCCAUCAAAUUCAUCAUCUUCAAUUCUCCCCUCUCUGCUUCUCUCCCAUCCAUUUCCUCAGUCCUAAAGUUCAUCUUCUUGGACCGGGCCACCACCCCGUCCCAAUCCUAAAGUUCAUCUUCUCCGCCGUAUAGAGAGCCUAAAUGGGAGGUGGAUGGUUCUGCGAGAGAAAUCACAGACGUCGUCUGGAUGAAAAAGCGAAAUUCAAAGACCUUGAUCAAGUGCUGUGUAAUUUACAAGGCAUUGAUGAAUCAGAAGCUUUUAUUCUCUGCUUUAGGAAUGGGAUGGGAGGUAUUGGAAAGAGAACGGGAGCUAGACCACACUGGACUGCACUGGACAAUAGAAAUUACAAACAGGUUGGGACUCUCUUGCCUGUGAUACUGGAGGAACUUAAGAAGAGUUUCUCGCCUCAAUUUGAGAAAGUUUCUUCUAGGGUAGCAGUUAUGUGGCUAGUCAGGACCUUAAGGGGUCCUGAUUUUCAGUAUGCUGGUCCUAUUAUAGUACAUGGCAUGUGGUCUGAGGAUGAUAAUGAGGCAGUUAAGGAGUGCCUUCUGGCAGGAGCUGAUAGACUCUUCGAAUUGUUGACCGUACCUGCCUUAGAUGAUGUGGCAGGACUCAUAUGGAAAUUGCACAUGUAUUGAUGAAUCAGAAGCAAGAGUAUCGGCAAUAGGAAUGGAAGGUAUCGGCAAGAUAACGGAGCUAGUUCUCUCCUUAUUAGACCGCACUUCAGGCAAAUUGUGGUCUUGUGGAGCGGAUUCUAAGUGAUUCCACCGGGGCAAUAGAAAUUGCAGACAACCAAGAACUUGUUCAGGUUGGGACUUUCUUGCCUCUGUUAAUUGAGAAACUCAAAGAUACUUUCUCGCCUCACUUUAAUUGCAGGAUAGCAUUUUUGUGGGGUUAUGGUGACAUAUGGGUUGCUCCUUCGACUACACUGUAUAGGUAAAGAAACUAGACAUGUUAGCAUUCAGCUGUAUAGAAAUUGUACAAAUAGAAGCAAUUAUUUUGAGCACAGAAUCAGAAACAUGUAACUGAAUGAAGAUAUUCACUGAAAUUCUGUUCAAAAACCAAGUGUUACUGCAUUUCAUAUGAUGCAAGACACAUCGUUAUCUC